AUGCCUUGCGCCGCCUUCGCCAACGCCAAGGAGCAGGCCCUGACGAAGUGCGACAAGUCGAGCGCCGGCCGCAUCGACCCGCGCGCCGUGUCCGUCUGCGGCGCCGUCAACGACAGCGCCUGGCUCUUCACGCUGUCGUCCUGCAGCGGGCGCUGCUACCUCUGGCGCGGCGAGGGCGUCAAGGCGACGGCGGCCUUCAGCCGGGGCCGCGUGAGCCACGACCGCGUCGACGCCGCGUACUUUUUGGCCGCGGACGCGCGCGAGGAGCACGCGAGCUUCGCCGCGGCGCCGCUCGGCGCCGAGCGGACCGACGGCGGCGCGCUCUGGCUCCGCUUCGAGCCGUUCAUCCUGCACGUGCGCUGCGCGGACGCGGCCGCCGCGAACGCUUUGAUGCGGUCGGCGCGGACCGUGUUCAAGAACGUGGGCCUCCAGUCCGCGAACUUCACGGCCGACGGCGUCUGCGUGGCGAUCGUCGGCGACGAGGGCCUGGACAUGCCGCUGCGCGACGAAGACGGCCAAAGUCUGUUCCGCGACCGCCACGUCGACUGGCUGACCGCGUUGGUCAACGACAAGCACGACCGCAACUGGGCGAAGAUCGCGCGCUUCGAGGCGGACCUGCGCGCGGCGCUGGCCGCGUUCGAGGCGGCGCGCGAGGACGACGACGACGGCGCGCCGUCGGCGGGCGGCAAGCUGCGCUACGACGCCGUCGGCGACGUCGCGUGCCUGCGGCGGCCGCUCCGCGACGGCGAGGACGGCGCGGCCGUCGCGGCGCGCGCGCUCGCGUCCAACGCGAAGCUGCGCGUCGUCGUCGCGCCGGCGGCGGGCCAGACGCUCGCGUCGGGCGGCGCGGCCUGCGCGCCGUCGGAGCCGUUCGCGAUCCUCGGCGGGGGCAGGCGGUCGCCGCUCGUGACGACGCACAAAGAGCACGACGUCGCCAUCGUCGUCGAUCUCAAUUCUUGCUUCUUCUCGCCGCGCCUCGCCACGGAGCGCCUGCGCAUCUCCAAGGCCGUCGGGCGCGGGGAGCGCGUGCUCUGUCUCUUCGCGGGCUGCGGGCCCGAGGCGCUGCUCAUCGCGGCGAAGACGGCGUGCGAAAGGGUCGUCGCCGUGGAGUCGAACGCCGUCGCGACGGCCUGCCUCGCGCGGUCGCGGCAGACGCUCCGGCGCAGCAAGGGGGAUCGUGUGGCGGACAAGCUCGAGAUCGUCACGGACGACGCGCUUUUGGAGCUGCGGCGCCGCGCGGAUUCGGGCGAGACGUUCGACCGCGUCACCUGCCCGCGGCCCAAGGGCCGGCGCGACGGCGACCGCGUCGACGGCGACGCGGACGACGCCGACGACGGCGGCGACGGCGGCGGCGGGCCCGACGGCGCGCUCUUUUUGCGGGCGCUGCUGCCGCUGCUGACGCCGACGUCCGUCGUCCACUGGACGGACUUCGCGGCGGACCGCGAGCUGCCGGACUGCGCGCGGACGCGGGCGUUCCUCGAGCGCGAGUGCGCGGCCUUUGGCGCGGGCUGCCACGUCCUCCACUGCGCGCGCGCGGGCACGUCGUCCGUCGCCGCGCGCCAGUACCGCGUCACCGUCGACUUCCGCCUGGGAGACGCGGGCCCGCGCGCGCCGUCGAUUUGGUUACCACCGACGUCGACGGCGUCCGAUUCGUCGGCUCGAAUCGACCGCUCCCGGGGCGGGAGCAUGGCCGACGACGCAGCGACGGAUGAUUGGGAGCCCGUGGAGCGGCGGCGCCGCUCCACGUCCGCGGGCUCCUUCGACGACCUGAGCGAGCCGGAGCCGGAGCUGAGCCGCGCGGCGCGGCGCAACAUGGAGCGCCGCCGGCGCCGCCGGGCGGAGAAGGCCGCGGAGGAGCCGGCGGCCGACGCCGCGCGCGCGCCGACGGAGGCCGACGCCGAGCGGGCCCUGCGCAAGGUCGAGAAGGCGCUCCGCGGCAUCGCCGCGCUCGACGCGCGCCUCGAGGCCGACGAGCGAUUGACGGACGAGGAGCGCGCGAAGCUCUCGCGGCGCGACGCCGCGGAGGCCGCGAGGGCGGCCUGGUCGGCGCUGCUCCUCGGCUUCGAGCUGAAGCGCCAGCGCGCCGACGCCAUCUACGCGGCCCUCGAGAACGUGCGAUUCGAGGACGCGUUCGAGUGCGCGUGCUGCCGCGAGGUGCUCGAGCUGCCCGUGGCCCUGCCCUGCCGCCACGAGUUCUGCCGCGCCUGCGUCGCCGGCGUCGCGAAGCGCGCCAAGCGCGCGAGCGACGUCAAGUGCCCCGUGUGCCGCGCGCCGUUCUACGACGGCGCGGCGAAGAGCUGUACGGUCGUGGUGGCGGCGGCGACGCGGGCCCGGCUCAAGAAGCGCGCGGGGACCUGCCACUGCGGCGCGAAGGUGCCCCUGUCCCAGCUCCGCGAGCACCUGCGGGGCUGCGGCGACGCGGGCCGCUACCAUUCGCCGCGCGAGCACCUGGGCCACGAGCUCUGCCCGCCGCCGGACUUUUCCGCGGCCAUCGCGGGCGGCGGCGAAAGCGAGGAGCCGUCGAGCCCGCGCGACGACGACCUCCAGGACGCGCUCCUGCGGCGCUUCCGCGUCGAGCCCGCGGCGCCGCGGCCGCCGCGCGCCGAGGAGCCCGAGGCGACGCCCGAGGCGCCGACGCCGCCGCGGCGCAAGCGCGCGGCCUGGCGGCCGCUGAGCGCCGCCGCGGCGCCCGCGCCGCCGCCGCCGCCGCCGCGGGCCGCGCCCCGGGGCUGGGGCGCCGCGCCCGCGGCCAAGGCCGACCUCCGGGCGCCCGCGCCGCCGCCCAAGGCGCCCGCGCCGCCGCCGCCGCGGCCUCCGGCGCGGCGCGAGCCGACGCCGGCGGAGGCCAUGGAGGUCGUCAAGAGCAAGCGCGGCCACGGCGCGCUGUCCGCCGAGGCCGCGAGGGCGCGCAAGGCCGCCGUCGACAUCCACCGGCGCGCCGUGAACCGCUGGGAGGGCCUCGAGGCCGAGGACGCGCCCGCGCCCGCGCCGCGGCGCCGGCCCGCGGCCGCGAAGGACGCCGUCCGCAAGCCGCCGCCCGUCGACGUCGCGCCGCCGCCGAAGAGGGCGCCCGCGCCGAAGAAGGCCGCGAGGAAGAAGAAGGCCGACGACGACGCCGCGUGCCUGCGCGAGUACGACGGCGACCGCGACCUCCGCGAGCGGUUUUUCGGCUGCCUCUCCGUCGUCGUCGCGCUGCUCGUCUGGGGCGCGCCGGCCCUCGCGUACGUCGCCCGGGAGCCCCACGAGCUCAGCGCGGCGCGCUUCCACGACGUCUUCCCGAAGCCGGCGGAUUUGGCCAUCCUGCGCCCGCCCCACGAGGGCCUCACGACGGACCCCAUGGUCGAGUGGCAGUUCGGCGACGCCCUGGGCCGCGCGGCGGCGAACGGCGCCGUCGACGUCGAGGUCUGGCUCGACCGGGGCAUGCUGCUCGGCGGCGACGCGGGCCGCGUGCAGAUCCCGCCGCAGGCGCGCGCCAGGGGCUCGAGCGACCCCGAGCCCUACCGCCUCACCUACGACCUCGGCAGCCUCCAGAUGGGCAUCCACAACGUCACGGUCGUCCUACGAUCCGCGGAGGCGCCGCCGCGCUUCGCCCCCGUCCGGAACACGUCCCUCUUCCUCACGCCCCGCGUCGAGCGGGACGCGGACGCCGCGGCCGCGCCCUAA